CUCUCGCCCGGUGACAGAGUCGACGAGCUCGUGGAGCGGGGCCCGGUCCUUGCUCCGGUGGGCUGUUCGGAGAUUGCUAACACAAGGGAACAGUCCUUUUUUUUGAUCCAGGAUUGGCUGGCUCUUCUUGCCGUCCACAGUUCUCUUAGAGACAAUUUCCAGCUCCCCAAUUCAUAGGAUUAAUUUCUCUUUAUAUCUGCGAUAUAGUCAAUCUUGAGCCAAGGAAAACACCUCACCAUCAGCUACCAUGCAGCCUAUUGAAACCUUGUCUGUGUUUGAAGCUGCUCAGAAUACAGCUUUAAUGAAUGGACUUUGCCUUGUCACUGAAUCAACAGAAGAUAUCACUUCUGUGGCAAUUCCAGAAACCAAGGAACUCCAACAAGCUAAGUUAAUCCUAGAGGUAUCAGACCGGAUGUAUUGCUCUGUUUGCUCAAAGGCUUUUGAGAAUCGAGAUGAACAGAAAGAGCAUUAUCGGUUAGAUUGGCAUCGCUUCAACCUAAAACAGCGAUUGUUGGGACGUCAGAUGCUCACAGUUGAAGAAUUUGAAGCGAAGACUCAAGCAGAUGAUGUCUCCAGUAUCUCUGGUUCUGAUUCCAGUGACUGUGAGUCAAAUAGUGAAUCUGAAUCACAAUCUUGUCUGAAUGGUGAAAGAAAAGGAACCGGCUACUACAACCCACGCUCUCAACGCAUACUGUUCAAAAACUCUGAAGCCCAACUCAUUUCAGUCUUUCGCUGUGUGCUGCUAAACACUACAAAGGGCAAUUUUGAAGAGCCUGCAGAUCUAGUGGCUUCCCUUCAGAGGCAGAAUCCCAGAAUCUCCUGGGUUAUCCUGAUGGCUGGUGGAGGUCACUUUGCUGGAGCUGUUUUUCGGGGGGCUGUCUCUGAUAAAAUGUGGGGAAAUAGCAUAAGUUUCCAGGCUAGUAUUGAUGUUGAUGUCAUGGUAAUUCACCUUCGUGCUCCACACAAUAACCAAGCUCUCUUGUUUAGCAGCAAACAUGGCCCUCUUCAGCGAGGUGACCCACGUAUCCGGCGUAUUCCUUUCAGCACCCGAAGAGCCACCUUCCGUGAGGUGGAACGGGUCCAUGGGACUUUAAGCAGUUUGCUGGUAUAUGGAAGUAAUACAACAGUGGCAGAUCUGACUAGUUCUCCUCGGAAGACCUGGAAAAAAGUAGUUCGUAAGGAUGAAGCAUUUACACAGCCUUCUGGCACUAGUGAGGAGGACGGCCAUUUUGAAGCUGAAGGAAUACAUUGUUAUUCCUAUUCUGUCACCCUUCCUGUCUCUGUAGCAACGAUAGAGGAAGAAGAAGUGGGGGAAGAAAAUCUGGAACUGGUGGAGGAGACACUAAAUUUAUUAGAUUUACGUGAAUUUGAGGUGACGCCAAAACAGAAUCGCAAAAAGAGGAGAAGGAAACCCAAGACACCGCCAAAGUCUAACGUGGAGACUUCAGGAAGUGUUGAACACAAUACUUCAGUAUGUAGAGGACCAGCGUCAACUGACAUCCAAGAACAGCAAGAGCCUCAAGAUGCUCCCAGCACAACUGUGCAAGAUGCUUUAUUUACAGCAUGCAAAAUGGGAGACAUUGGAGCCCUACAACAUCUUCUGGGAAUGGCUGAUAAUACAACAGAUAACAGUGAGUGCAGUGAUAUAGUCACAAAACAGUUGCUCAACACACCCCUGGAUGAGAGUGGCUGGACUGUUUUGCACGUGGCGGCAGCAGCAGGAAGAACUGCAGUUGUGCGGCUCUUGUUGGAGAACGGGGCUGACCCUGCCAUCAGAGACAGAAAAGAACAGCCUCCAUACUGUGUGUCUACCAACAAGCAAACCCGUAAUGAAUUCCGUAGAUUCAUGGGUGAACAGCCAGAGAGGUACGACUACACCCGGGCUCAGGUGCCUGGCCCCCUAACUGCAGAAAUGGAAGCCAGACAGGCAGAACGCCGACGAGCACAGAAAGCCCUACGGAAGCAACGAGAACGAGAAGACCGUGAAGCACAAUUACUUCUGGAGCAAGAACAGGAAGAGAAAAAGCGGUUUGCCCUGCUCAGUGAUCGUGAGAAGCGUGCUCUGAUGGCUGAGAGGAGAUUUGCUUCCCAAUUAAAAGACUCUGGUGCAUCUUUGACCAAUACCAGGCGCUGCUGGUUUUGUGGGGAAUCCCUUUUGGGUUGCAUUCCUUUCCAUUACCUUGACUUCUCCUUCUGCUCCACAAAUUGUCUCCAAGCCCAUCGUCGAGGGAAAACUCUCCCAUCUUAGCUGGAGGUUUUGCUUUGGCAUCAAGAGACUGUGCUACAACAGAAAUCCAACCCCAGGACUGUUGUCACUUUAGAAUGGUGAGAGAUUAAGCACAGCAGGAAAGUCACAAGUAAUUGUUUCCAAGUGGUUCAUAAGAAAUUAAUAUGGACUGCUGUUAUUUGAGAAAUGAACUUCUUUUGUAAGAAUGUAGGUUUUUCAAUUUUAAACUAGGUUAUUUAGGAACUGGUUAAAAAGAGCAACCUCUCUCCCCAGAUAUGUUGGGCCUGCCCCACUGGAAUUAACUGCUGACUGGGAGUUCUACAAGUUAAGAAUUGUAAUACAUCUUUGCUGUGCUGGUUACAGAAGUCUACUGUAUAUUAAGGAAUAACUGAACGAAGAUCAUAGAUAACAAAAAUGGAAGAAUCCUUGAGCACUGUUUUUUUGACCUAAUGCUAUUUGAUUGUCUCUUAGCUAGUACUUUCACAAGUAGCAAUAGAUGUCUUAAGAAUCGAGACAGACCCUUGAUCUACUUAAUAUAAAGCACAAAGAACUUGAUAUCUGUUCCUGAUGUUUAAAGGUGCCUUAUCCCCAAGUAUGUCAUGUGAUUGCCUGGUUCAUCCUAUUUUCACUCAACUUUGCCAGUUUCCAAUUGCAACUCUAUCUUUGAUACAAAUGCAAUGCCAAGAAUGCAUUACAAUACUAUACCAGAUACCUGCAUAUUUAAUUUGGUGAGGAGCAUGAUUCAUCCUGAGCACUUAAAUAGCAUCAACUUCAAUUAAUACUCCAGUGAAAGACUUGCCCUCUAAAUAACUGUAGUUUACUUGGUUUGUUCAUUAGAGCUUACGCUACAGUCCAAUACUUUAUUCAUUUGAUUCUUACAAGACAGUGAUUUCAAAUACUUUUGCCAGGGGUCUCAGCAAUGUCAUAAUCGGAUAGCAUUUCCAGUUAUUUCAUGUCUUUUACAGAGAAGCUAGAAGUGCCAUUGAGAACGG